AUGAAUUAAACUAAUUCAAACAAUGAUUCCUCAUUAAUUCAAAAUGAGGAUGAUUAGAAUACAUUAUUGGAACAAAAUAAGUAUGAAUCAAGCGCAUUUAGUUAGAUUGCCGUCGAAUAUAAAUAUUAAGGACCUGAUCAUCCACAAAUAGCAGAAUUAUUAGAAUUGUUGGAUGAAAAGCAAAGAAAACCUUUAUCUAAUUAGACUUUGGAAAGCUUUAGACAAAAAGUUAUCUAUUAUGAAUAAAAAUUCAAUCAAAAUUGCACAUUUAUGGACAACAUGUGUUAGAUAUCAUUUUACUAUAUUUUGACAAUUAUUGUUUAUAUGAGCAUAUAUUUUACAUAUUUAACUAGUGUGAUUUCUUUGAAAUCAGAUGAUAUUAUCGUUAAGAAUUCAACUAAAUUAAAUAUAGUUUAAUAAUUGCCGGAAUUCGGAUUUAUGAUUACAAGUUUUACAUUAGCGAUAAUUAUAAUCAAAAAUCAAGUAAUCUUACUAUUAUUGUUUGUAUUUGGAUGCAUAGUGCCAGCAUUUUAUUUAUUCUAUGUAUUCCUUGACGUAUUUAAUUUGAAUAAUAGUCCAAUUAAUUAUGAUAUGGUUUUGUUGUUAAGUGUAUUAAUAAUUUCUGUUUUUAAUGGCAUUGUUGUUUCUGUGCUUCAACAGAUAGUGGAAACCAUGUAUAAUUAAUUAGCUGGAGCCUUAUUCUCAAGUGGUUGGUGUUUAUUUGUAAUUUACUUGUUAGGAUUUUUAAUAUUUUCAUAUGUGAUAGGUUUGGAGAUAAUCACUGCUGAGAAAGUCAUCAACUACAUCAUUAAUUCACUAUACAUUCCCAUAUUUGUGUCCAUAACAUUCUCAUAUGUAUUGAUCAAUGCAAGAUUAUUUGAUUGGCCAGCUGGAAUUAUUAAAUCAGCUUUGGAUAGAAUUAAGAUUAAGAUAUUAAAAUAAUAAAUUGAAAAAGAGCAAUAGCAAUCCCAAAAAUUAGUUCAGAUAAGCACAUAUAUGUCUAAGUUUGUAAUUUAUUCAAUAGGAGCAGCUUAUUUGACAAUGGAAAUCAUUUUUUAUAUUUUGUUAGCCUCCGAAUUGAAAAAAACAAAUGUUAAUUACACAGCAAUAAUUACUUUAUCAUUAGAACUAAUAAUCAUUCCAUUUUAUUUAUUUUUGGGAGUCUUCAUAUCAGUAAGUGAUAGGAAACCAUAAUAUACCUAUUUAGCUGUACCUUUAGUUAUAGGGGCUCCAAUAAUCUUUGGAUUCUUGAAAUUGGGCGAUUAUUUGCAAUAUGAAAAGGACAUAACCAACUUCACUGAAAUUCUAUAUUAUUGUCCAUUGUUUGUGAACAUCCUUUGGUUGUCAUUAACUUUGAUGGGACUGGACAAAAGAAGAUUGUUUAUCAAUUCCUUGGGAUUCGUUUGUUUUUUCAUUGCAAUUCCAAUUGGAGUAUUCCUACCACUUUAUAAUCUAUAUCAAUAUUCUUCCUUGUAAGUAAUCUCAUACAUCUUUGUUGUGAUAGGAAUGAUAGUUUUGUUAAUGGUGUUGUGUUACUUUUUCUAUUAAUCCCUUAAAACAAUUAAAAGAGCCAAGGAAUUAGCUGAUCAAAUUGUUCCAACAUUUGAUGAGUUCAAAUACUACAAUCUAACAGAUUUAGCCUUCUGUAUAAAUUCAGUCUGUUUCUUAAUUUCCUACUUUAUAAUAAGUUAUUUCUUUUGGUAUAUAUUUGAUCAAACUAACACGGCAACAGUUACAGAAGGUGCAACUAUGUUUGCUAUUAUGGUCAUUACACCAAUAAUAUUUGUGCUUAUCAAUAUUGCACUUGGACAUCGAUCGUUAGAAAUCACUUAUGAAUUUGCAUAGGACAUAAAAGAACUAUAGAAAUUGGAAGAGUAGAAGAAUAGAAAGAGGAUUUAGAAGAGGUUUUAUCAAAAUACUGCAGUUUGUUGUGGUAUUUUGGUACCAUUAACCUUAUUUAUUCCAAUAUCUUUGAUAACCUCAAACGAAAGGGCUUCCAUAUUUUUCGAAGCAUUGGCCAUCGGAGUUCCAGUUUGUUUUCUGAUGUACAAGUUCCUUGUGACAAUUAAAAACCAUUCAAUUGCAUUUGAAGAUUUCUUUUAACCCUUUGUUAGCUCAUUAUUAUGGUGUUGUGUUAUUUUUCCAUUUGGAGUUAUAGUACCUACAAUGGCAGUGUUUUUUAAUAAUUCUGAUUCAACUUUCUAAUACUUUGCAUAAGGAGCAGUUGGAUUAGGGUUAUUUGUGUGUAUGAUUGGAGUGACAGGGACAUCAUUGUUUUUAUCAUUGUUAUUGAAUAGAGAAGAAUUCGAAAGGAAGAAAAGAGAAAUCUUGAAGAAAGUAUUGGAGAUGUUGAGAGAGAACUAUGUUCUAUGUGAUAUAAGUGUUGUUGGUAUUCUGUAUAUGAAAUACUUGAAUAAGUUAUAGAUUAUCUAUACAAAAUUGAAUGCUAUAAAGAAUUAGACAUAAAAAAAGAAAUAGAAAUAAGAGGAUUUGAAAUAAUUGAAAUAAUCUUUGACAGAAAAUCUAAUCUAAGGAGAACCUAUCAAUGUAAUAAAAUAUGAUGGUCCAGAGUUAGAGUAUGAUCACAAAUUGGUAAGUAGAAAUGUAUAUCAAGAAUAUCUUACAUUAUUAGAAUAGGAAUUGUUAGAUAAAUAGAAGAACAUUAUUAAAGAAUAGGAGUUGACAGGGUUCAAAAAGUACUUAAUGGACUGUUUGUGUUGUAGAUGUGGUCUAGAAGAAAUGAAUGAAUUAGAAAACCAAAAAAAUGUUGAAAUAAUAAAACUGAGAGAUCUCUUUAAUUUAGAUGAAGAUACUGGGUAAAAGAUGAAUGAUUUGAUCCCACAGUUCACUUCUGUCUAUAAAAUUGCAGAAGAAACUGAUACCCUUAUUAAGAAGAUAGAUUAUCAACCUGAAGAUAAGCAAAUUCUAUACAAACAAAAGUACAAACCAGUUUAAGAAAUAAAAAGUGAGAAGACUGAUAGUCUGAGUCAGAUUCAAAUAAAGAAAUUAAAUGAUAAAGCAUUAGGCAAUAUCAAAUCGUCAGAUCAAUACUUCUCAUUAUAAUCAUCCGAUCAAAUGAUUGCAGAGUUUAUGCAUGAAGUAUUUAUGGAAUUUGCCAAUAACGACUAAGGAUUGGAACCUUCCAUUUGUUUUGCUGAUUUAUAGGAAUUCAGUAGAAUGACUGAAUUGCACUUUGAUUUGAUUGAUUAUGAGAAGUAUGCCAAGACUAUCUGGGUCAAUUAAACUUAUAGUUUGAAUGAAGUCUAAUUUGCUGGUUUGAUCAAAGGCAUGAUCAAAGGGUAUGAUGGAGAUCUUUUCGAUAAUCUGAAACAAUUGGUCCUUGAUCACAUCUAUCCUUAAUUAAUCACUUCGAUGAAAACAUUAAUGAUUAAUUUCAAAUAUUCAAAUAAAAAGGUAUUACAAAAUAACAAAAACUCAGAUAAUCCCUUUUUAAGAUAGAAUUUUACUUCAAAUGCUGUUCAAACAGAGUUCACAAAGUUUGAUGCAAUUAAAGUUAAGUAAGUAUUCUAAGAGGAGGUAGCCAAUCAAUCUAAAAUCAAUUAGAAUAAUGCAGAAAAUAGAGCUGCCAAAUUGUCUAAAAAAUAAAAAGAAUAAUAAUAUGAAUAAGGCAGAUAGGAGAUCGAAUCAGCAUACGCCUAGAAAUUACCUUGUCAUAAGAAAUGUUGCUAUUCUUGUAAUGACUGGCUAAGAGUCAAUAUCAUAGAGAAAUACUUUCCUAAUUUGGCUGCUGCUCAACCAAAACCAAAAAUUGAAAAAAAACCAAUGCUAGAUCAUAAAAGAUAAAAAAUGCCUGAUUGGAAAAUAGUUGCUAAACUCACGAUUGAAACUUUGUUCGAAGCAACUGAAGAAUAUGAGAAAAACCUUGCUAAUCAAUAACAGAAAUCAAUUGAAUUCAAACCCACUUCCAGUAAUAUCCUUGCUUUAAUAUUUAAGAUAUAUGAUUUGUACAGUUUAGCAAGUGUGGCAUAUAACCCAUAAGUAGGUUGGUUUGGUAGUACAUCUGUAUCAGGAUCAGAUACAAUUAGUGGAUCUGCAUUCUAUGACAGCUAUGCCUUCUUUUUCUAUUUCUCCUUGGGAGUAUCCAUACUGUAUGGACUCUUAGGAUCCCUGAGUUUAGAUGCUGUUCAAAAGAAUACAUUUGGACAAGAUGAAAAUGGCAAUUUAGCUAGAUUUCCUCAUAUUCAAUUCAUUCUUCCAAGAGUUAUCUCCAUUUUGAGUGGUUUUUUCAUGACAGUAAUGAGAACAUUCAUGGAUGCCUACAUUUGUGAUUAUAGUAGCCUGCCUUACAAAUUUGCUAGAGAAACAUCUGUCGAAUGUUUAACAUCUGAGCAUUACAUUUAUAUGGGUUUAGGAUUGAUUGGAGUCGGUAUUUAUUAUCCUCUCUCAACUUAUUUAUAACCUACUUUCUAAUUCAGCGAUCAUUCAUUGGAUUUAAAGUUCAAAUCCACUUACAUCAUUAUAUAUGUUUAAGCUAAACUGUUGAUUAUGGGUUUGAGUUCGUUCUUUAAUACAUUGGAUAGUUCAUUUGAAUACUAAAUGCUAUUUUCAAUUGGAAUCCUAAUUUUUGUUCUUGGCUUUCAUAUCAAAAUGGAACCCUGCUUUGUCAAAUGGUACAAUAUCAUAGAGCAAAUGCUAAUUUUAAUCAUCAUUUUUAUUUACACAGGUGCAGUCAUUAUCAUGAUGACUGGAAACAAUGUAAUUGGGAUUAUUUUCACCGCCGUUGCAAUUGCAAUUGGAUUUCUUGCCAUUGCAAUCUAUCUCAAAAGAUCAGUAAUUCGUACAGGUACUACCUAAAAGGUAUCGCCCCAAGAUAAUCUUUCAAUUAUUGAAGUAAAACCAAUUCCAGAAGAAAAUAGACUCAAUAUUUAUGAUUUGAUUGCGGAAUCCUAACUUGCAUAACAAAACCAAAAGAAACCAAAAAAGAAGACUCAAGAUAAUACUGAUUUCAAGGAAUAAUACCCUAAUCUAGACAUGACAGUUGGUGAUCCCAAUAGAAGCAGCAAUUUGGACGAGUUAGUUAAGGUUAAAGAUGAAAUUAAUAUGGAACCGAUUUUAGUAAACAAAUCUAAUUUAUCAAAAUUGAGAUUAUGA